UGUAUACAUGAACAGAAAUGUGAGGGUUCUGUGCAGCGGCUCACUCACAAACAAACGGUUGCUAGAAGACCCGAAUCUCCUUGCUGAAGAGAAAACAUGUCGUAGCUUUGGGGACAUGUCGCCGGCAGAACCUCCGUGGAGAACGUGAAGUGAGCAGCUAAUGCUAAUGCGAAUGCCCGUUCCAUUUAAAUUAAAAGGUAGGUCGGUGUGAGAGGAUGGGUGAUAGUAGCCAUGCUACUGUUUUACUAGCCCCCUCGUCUUCAAAAUGAUUUAAUGAAGAUCGUGGCUGAUGAGAAACGGAAAAUAAGACUCCUCAUGUCUCCACUCCACGCCAGUGCCACAAGCUGACAUGUCCGCCUAACACGCUCCCUCGUCGGCCGCCAACAUGUCAGCCGGGACCAGUGAUGUUCCCACGGACGAAGACUGCGAGGCGCUGCCCGAGGAUGGCUCCUUAUACUCUAGUGAUUUGAAAAAGACACCAAAGAAGAGAUCAGGAAAGCCUCCUCCGUCCUUCAGGUCUCCGUACUUUUCCAGCCUUAAUAUGAAUUCCAGGAGAGGACCAUCGGCGGCAGUGGCGGCCUGGAGGCUCCCGAGGGCGUCUCUGUGCGACACCCCUGGGGAGACGGGCUCGGCUCGCCUGACGUCCCUCAGCAACCACCACGAUCAGAUAUCAGACUGGAACUUGACUCCAGAUUUUCCCAGACAUGUCUUGCCCACGAGGAAACAUCUUCACCCUGCCUCCAACGGCGUCAGUGACUACAGAGAGAAGGAGGACAUGCAUAAUGAGCUCACGCUUCUCAAGAAGAGUCUCCAUGAGCAGAAGUCUGACAACCAGAAACUGAAAGCCAAAAUUCGCCGCCUAGAGGAAGACAACGCCAAAAGAGAGAAGCAACUAGAAGAGCUCCUGGAUCCCACCAAUAGGUCAGAAUACACUCGCAGCUUGGUGGACAAGAAACAUGAAGGCAGCGUGGUUGUGAAUGGGCUGAAGCAGCGAAUCCUGAAGCUGGAGCAGCAGUGUCGAGAGAAGGAGAACACCAUUGGGAAACUGCAGAGCCAGCUGAGGGCUACCAACUUGGAGGAGAUGAGGAUGACGUUGAAAAACUACCACGGAGAGAUCCAAAGACUGAGGUUGCUUCUAGAAGCUUCAGAGAAAAGCGGUAUAUCAGACAAUAAAGUCUUCCGGAGGCAGCAGAAGGCUCUGAGUUCUACAGUUCUGCGUCUAUCAGAGAACCUCAAGCAAAUUCAGAUGGAGAACGCCACACUCAGAGAGGAGCUCGACACAGAAAGCCCCGCCAUCGGACUUAAAGGUUACAAGGAGUGGAGUAAAUACAGGCUCUUGAGAAGACUGCUGGAACUAGAAAGGAGACUGGAAGAGAGCACCAGAAAUGCCAACAGGACAAUACACUACUCGGACCAGGCGUCUCAGACCAUGCCCCCUGCUAUUCUGCAUCAAGCAUCUCAGACCACGCCCCCUAGGGUCCUAGACUUGGCAGUUCAGACCACGCCCGCCAAGACCAUCACCACGGGGACGAUAACGGAGGAGGAUGAGGCCUCUGAUCUGAGAGGAUGUGUUGACCAAUUGGAGGCAGAGAGGGUGGAGCUUCAGGAGUCACUGUCAAGUAAAGAAGACGAAGUGCGACAACUGAGGACGGAAAGAGAAGGAUGGCGAGAAGAACGCCAGCUGCACACCGAUGAAGUUGAACAACUGAGGAUGGAAAGAGAAGAGCUGGAGCAGAGGUUGGAACGCUGGAAAGCAGAGCAGACAAGCGAACGGGAAUUAGACCGACGGCGGCACGAAGAGGAACUGCAACAGCUGAGGACAGAAAGAGAACAACUGGAGAAAGAUUGCGAACGGCGGCAGGAGGAGCUGGAAAAGCAGCGGCAGCAGCACGAACAGGAACUGAGGCAGCUAAGGGUCCAGACGCCGGAGGAAAAAUGUGAGCCGUGUGACACCGCUCUGGCCGCUGCAUCUCAGGAGAACGACGCUGAUGACGAGGUGGAGGAAGAAGAUGCAGAAGAGGAGGAGGGAUGUGAACGUCUGAGGCCGGAUGUAAUUGGGAUCAACAGGAGGAAGUACAGAAGUGAGGCAGGGGAUUCAACAGCACCAUGCGAUGAGCAAGCGCUGGAUGAGCGUUCCUUGACCACCAUACAAUCAGCUUUCAGGGGCCAUCUCGCUCGCAGUCAGCAUAUCACACAGAGCUCGGGGUCCUUUGACUCAUCCGCAUCUGAAAACAUCCUGCCGAGAGGAGCUCUGCCGACGUUUGCGCAAAGCCGAGCAGGCGCUGCGCCCAAUAGAAAUCAAGCAGACAACGAAGACCUGUGGCCCGUCUCCCGGACUCUCAGAUCGGUGACGCCCCCUAAAGCACAAGCAGAACUCUUGUGCACCAGUGAGCUGGAUGCGGGAGACGACGCCCAUUCGAGGGAUUCGGACGAUUCAGAUGACAUCAUCAUAGCUGAGUCGUACCCUCGGAGGAACAGAGAGGCCAGGAUCUUGUGAUGAUGACGGGAACAAGGACUUGAAGCGGCAGGAUUUUUCCAGGAUGUUCCAACUUUGGACCUGAAGCUACAGGACUUCCUGUCAUGUUGGAUUUGCUAUGAUUUCUCCACCGUAUCUUAUACCUAAGUGCCUACAAGUACAAGUAGUACUACUACUACUACUACUAUAGCAAUAAAUACACGGAAUGAGUCACGGUGAAAAAAGGCCAUGCGGCUUUAGCCUGCUCUGUUGUAGAAAGUCCUAACAGACUUCUUCUCAAUAGUCGCUCUGCUCUACCAUCUAAAACAAUAAAAACACAUUUGCUGUGCUUAGUUUUUACCCAA